CUUCAGUUUCCCGCCGACCGCCAUCUGGUAUGCGUUGAGCUUUAAUUAUCAGCAGAAAACAAACAAAUUUCACGUGUAGUUGGGGUGUUUGUUGUGCGAAGAUAUGUCGAAACCCGAGGAGACCAUGGAGGUCGCCGAGCCCGGCGAGAAUUCGCAGAAUGGAUCGUCCUCUGAUACUUCGUCGUCGAGAGGAAAGGGAGAAGAUUUCGAGACGAAACUGGAAACGGACAGAGGGAAACGAUUCGAUUUCUUGCUUAAGCAAACGGAAAUCUUUUCGCAUUUCAUGUCUAGCCAAAACUCGAAAACAACUCCCAAAGGCAAGAAAAGCAAAAAAGGUGGUGGAUCCGAAGAUACAGUCGAUCAUAGACACCGAAAGACCGAACAAGAAGAAGAUGAGGAGCUGCUCGCCGAGACCAAUGCCAAGACGAAACAAAGCACCAGGUUUGAUGUGUCGCCACAUUACAUCAAGCACGGCGAGAUGCGAGACUACCAGAUUAGAGGUCUCAACUGGAUGGUGUCUCUCUACGACAACGGGAUUAACGGAAUCUUGGCCGACGAGAUGGGUCUGGGUAAAACUCUGCAAACCAUAUCGCUACUUGGUUACAUGAAGCAUUACAAGAAUAUACCGAAUCCGCAUAUUGUGAUCGUCCCGAAAUCUACGCUUGCCAAUUGGAUGGCAGAAUUCAAGAAGUGGUGUCCCAGUUUGAGGGCGGUCUGCUUGAUCGGAGAUCAAGAAGCUAGGUCGACGUUCAUCCGCGAGGUUUUGAUGCCCGGCGAGUGGGACGUAUGCGUCACAUCGUACGAGAUGUGCAUAAAAGAAAAGUCCGUUUUCAAGAAGUUCAAUUGGCGUUACAUGGUCAUCGACGAAGCCCACAGGAUUAAAAAUGAAAAGUCCAAGUUGUCCGAGAUCUUGCGCGAGUUCAAAACAACGAAUCGUCUAUUGUUGACCGGUACUCCGCUCCAGAAUAAUCUUCACGAACUUUGGGCUUUGUUGAAUUUCCUGCUACCCGAUGUCUUCAAUUCGUCCGACGACUUCGACGCCUGGUUUAACACUAACCAGUGCUUCGGGGAUAACUCUCUGGUGGAGCGUCUGCAUGCUGUGCUCAAGCCUUUCCUGCUUCGUCGUCUAAAGUCCGAAGUCGAGAAACGAUUGAAACCUAAGAAGGAAGUGAAAGUCUAUGUUGGAUUGAGCAAAAUGCAACGCGAAUGGUACACUAAAGUCCUGAUGAAGGAUAUCGAUAUCGUGAAUGGCGCUGGAAAGGUUGAGAAAAUGCGCUUGCAAAAUAUUUUGAUGCAGCUGAGGAAGUGCAGUAACCACCCUUAUCUGUUCGAUGGCGCAGAGCCUGGACCACCUUACACCACCGACGAGCAUCUUGUCUACAACUCCGGCAAAAUGGUGAUACUCGACAAAUUGCUGCCCAAGUUGCAGGAGCAAGGCUCGCGUGUUUUGAUCUUCUCUCAGAUGACCAGAAUGUUGGACAUCCUGGAGGAUUACAGCCACUGGAAGGGUUAUCAGUAUUGCCGAUUGGAUGGUAACACACCUCACGAGGACAGGCAGCGACAGAUCAACGAGUAUAACGACGACAACAGUAAAAAGUUUCUGUUCAUGCUGUCGACAAGGGCCGGUGGUUUGGGUAUCAAUUUGGCCACCGCCGAUGUGGUCAUCAUCUACGAUUCCGAUUGGAAUCCCCAGAUGGAUUUGCAGGCCAUGGACAGAGCUCACAGGAUUGGACAAAAGAAGCAAGUGCGUGUCUUCAGGUUCAUUACGGAGAACACGGUUGAGGAGAAGAUUGUCGAACGGGCCGAAGUAAAGUUGCGCCUGGACAAGCUGGUAAUUCAGCAGGGACGACUGGUGGACGCUAAAACUGCCCAACUUAACAAAGACGAAAUGAUCAAUAUGAUCAGACACGGAGCGAACCACGUGUUCGCAUCGAAGGAUUCUGAGAUCACCGACGAAGACAUCGACACAAUUCUCGAACGUGGAGAAUUGAAGACUCAAGAAUUGAACCAGAAGAUGGAAUCUAUGGGUGAAUCGUCAUUGAGAAAUUUCACGGUGGACGCGCCUACAGAAUCCGUGUAUCAGUUUGAGGGAGAGGAUUACAGGGAGAAGCAAAAGACCUUAAGUCUUAGUAACUGGAUCGAACCCCCGAAGCGCGAGAGGAAAGCCAACUACGCUGUGGACGCCUACUUCAGGGAGGCGUUGCGUGUUUCUGAGCCGAAAGCGCCGAAGAAUCAGGCGCCCAGACCCCCGAAACAGCCGAUUGUGCAAGAUUUCCAAUUUUUCCCACCACGACUCUUCGAGCUGCUGGACCAGGAGAUCUACUUCUACAGAAAGACACUGGGCUACAAGGUGCCCAAAAAUAUGGAGUUUGGUUCCGAAGCCAAUAAGCACCAGAAAGAGGAGCAGAGAAAGAUCGAUGAAUCAGAUGCAUUGACAGAGGAGGAAGCCGUGGAAAAGGAGAGUUUGUUGACGCAGGGUUUCACCAACUGGUCGAAACGCGAUUUCAACCAGUUCAUCAAGGCAAACGAGAAGUUCGGCAGAGACGAUAUCGAGAAUAUUGCCAAAGAUGUGGAAGGAAAGACGCCCGAAGAAGUUAUGGAGUACUCGGUGGUUUUCUGGGAACGUUGCCACGAGUUAACAGACAUAGACAGGAUUAUGGCUCAGAUCGAGCGCGGUGAAACAAAGAUUCAAAGACGCGCAAGCAUCAAGAGAGCACUUGAAGCCAAGAUGGCCAGGUAUAGGGCUCCAUUUCACCAGCUGAGGAUAGCGUACGGCACCAACAAGGGCAAGAACUACAUGGAGGACGAGGACAGGUUCUUGGUGUGCAUGCUGCACAAGCUGGGCUUCGAUAGGGAGAACGUUUACGAGGAGCUCAGGGCUGCCGUCAGGAACUCACCCCAGUUCAGAUUCGAUUGGUUCUUGAAGUCGCGAACGGCGAUGGAGCUGCAACGGCGUUGCAACACCCUCAUCACGCUGAUCGAGCGCGAGAACCAGGAGCUAGAGGAGAAGGAACGGGCCGAGAAGAAGAAAAAGAAUCCGAAGGCGCAGAACGCGUCGAUGCAGGGCGGUCCGAAGACUGGCCAGAAACGCAAGCAGGACUCGAUGGGCGGUACCGGUGGGCCAGAGAAGAAGAAAAAGAAAAAAUGAGAUUCGGCUCCGCCUCCGUGCGAGAAAGACUGCUGUAAGAACCUUUUCCUUUUCGUCUCGAAGAAUGAAUACAUCAAAGCAAAACAGAACGAGUGAAAACAAACAAACAAACAAUACUGUGUUAUGUAAUUUAUUUAACAAAUUAUCCUUGUGUAGUACACCCAUUUCUUAUAUACAUUUAUUAUUAAUAUCUUUAGAUUCCGUUCUUUUAGUUCGUACUUUGUAAUAUGGAUACAAUGAUUAAAGCGAUGGACGAUCAUCGCCGGUUCACCUUUAUUCAUUUAUUUUUAUAUUUAGUCCACUUAGAACGUAGAUUCAAGCCACUGGAUGAUGAUGGUGGCUAUUGUAUAAAAGUAGUCAGUAUUACAAAGAAAAUCGCAUGUCGCAUUUUCUUUUGGAUUGUGUCUCGAUUAUAAAUCACAUAGAAUAAUAGUAUGCUUAUUCGCAAGCUCGUUAAAUUAUUGAGACUUUGAAAUCAUAGUGAAUGAAAUGGAAUGGAUGUUCUUUUAAGUUAUUUGUGCUGUAUUGGUAUGGAAUCUUAUAACUGCAACUAAUAUUUAAAUAACAAAAAUAACACGAAAAAAAUAAUCUAUAACUAUAAUAUUGUAUUUAGUAGUAUAGAACCGUAUUCUAUAUAUCGAUGUUUGGAUGUAAAUUGUAUGAUUAAAAUUAGCAUGUAUUCAUGUAAAAAUCUCGCAACCUUUCCCCUAAGCACUCAUCCUCAAAAUAAAUAAAAGACCGCGACUGUAAGCGUAAAAUAUAAAUUAUACAUGUAACAA